GUUCAAUUUUCUGGGGGAGAGAUUAAAGCACUUUACACUCAACAGCUUCAUCUCUAUCUAUAACAAAAAACCAACCAAUUCAACAAACUCUCCUAUAUCAACACUCCCCGUCCCUCCUCCCUCCAAAGCAUCCAUCUUUCUCUUUUGCUUUCUGAAAUUCUCAUCAACUCCUUGACACCAAAUCAAAAACCAAAAGAAGGAUUUCGAGAAUGGCUUUCCAUGGAUGCUGCUUCACUUUGGCUUUGGCUCUUCUCCUUCACAUCCUUGUCAUCCUCUUCACUCCCAACACUAUUCUUCCAGCUAAUGCUCAUAGAUCAAGUAACUCCCCUCCUGCCAUGAAGUUGAACGUGAUUGAUCGAUGCUGGAGAAGGAGCCGUAACUGGCAGAGGCACAGACAACAGCUCGCAACCUGCUCGGUGGGUUUUGCUGGGAAGAUGACUAACAAUAUUGGAACAGACUUGAUACGCUACAAAGUUACAGAUCCUAGUGACCACCCCUUUAAUCCCAAGCCAGGAACUCUCAGAUUCGGUGCCACCAACAUUAAAGGAAAGGUGUGGAUAACAUUCAAACAAAGCAUGAGAAUCAAACUCGAGAAACCGCUACUCAUUAGUAGUUUCACCACCAUUGAUGGGAGAGGUGCCAGCAUUCACAUUGCAGGAGGUGCAUGCCUCUUGCUUCAUGAGGUGACUAAUGUAAUCAUCCACGGUAUCCGGAUUCACCACUGCCGUGCCCAAAUGCCUGGUCAAGUGCUGGGUCCAGAUUCAAAGAUGAUGGAGCUGGGUCACGUAGAUGGGGAUGCAAUCAGGCUGGUUGCAUCCUCACAAAUUUGGAUAGAUCACAAUACACUCUACGAGUGCCAGGAUGGUCUCCUGGAUGUCACCCGUGGUUCUACAGAUAUAACCAUCUCAAACAACUGGUUCAGAAAUCAUGAUAAAGUUAUGCUCCUAGGCCAUGAUGAUGAGUAUCUUCAAGACAAGAACAUGAAGGUAACAGUUGCCUUCAACCAUUUUGGUCCUAAGUGCUACCAGCGGAUGCCAAGGGUCCGCCAUGGAUAUACACAUGUAGUCAACAACCUCUAUCUGGGAUGGGAACAGUAUGCCAUAGGAGGAAGCAUGAACCCUAGCGUUUUGAGUGAAGCAAACCUCUUUAUUGCACCAGAAUCAGGGACGAAAGAGGUAACCUGGAGACAAGACAACAAUGAAAAUGGAAGAUCAUGGAAUUUUCAGUCUGUGAGGGAUGUUUUUGAAAAUGGAGCUCAUUUCAGCCAAACAGGUGACUCUGCAAAAAGGCCACACUAUAACCAUCUACAGACGUUCCGAGUUGCAGAUGCCAAAGCAGUAAGGCCAAUUACAAGAUCAUCAGGUGCUUUGCGAUGCCGUAAAAGAUCCAGAUGCUGAAUCAAGACUGAAGGAGAAAAAUGGCCAAUUCCUGUAUGAGGAUAGGACUACAUAGAAACAGAUUCCUUCUCUGGCUGUAUAACAAAUUUUGGUUUCGACUUUGCUUUGUUCAAUACAGUAUUCACUGAAACCUAGUUUAGGUCAGAGAGACAGAAUAUUUGUACUAAGAAACAAAGCAUAUGCUUGAACAUCAAUAAAACAACAAUGAAGAAAUAGAAUGUUGGACCAG